CCGGGCGCCCGGGCGGGGACAGUGGGCGCGCGAUGCCGGAGCCAAGCAGGCCGCCACGCGCCCAGGUCCCGGCCGAGGAGGAUGCGCGCCGCGCGGGAGCGGCUGUGCGGGCGGUGCGAUGCUGGUGACCCGCGGGGACCGCGGCGGCGGGGAGCGCGCGCCCUCGCGGCGCCCGCGCUGCGGGCUGGUUCCAGCCGGGGCCGCUGCGCUGCUAGCCGGAGCCAGCUGCCUUUGCUACGGCCGCUCGCUGCGGGGCGAGUUUGUGCACGACGAUGUGUGGGCGAUCGUGAACAACCCCGACGUGAGGCCCGGGGCCCCGCUGCGCUGGGCUGUCUUCGCUAACGACUUCUGGGGCAAGGGCCUUGCGGACAGCACCAGUCACAAGUCUUAUCGGCCGCUGUGCGUGCUGUCCUUCAGGCUAAACAUAUUUCUGACUGGCAUGAACCCUUUCUACUUCCAUGCGGUCAAUGUCAUUCUACACUGCCUGGUGACCCUCGUGCUGAUGUAUACCUGUGAUAAGACAGUCUUCAAGAAUCGUGGACUGGCGUUUGUCACAGCCCUGCUCUUUGCGGUGCACCCGGUCCACACCGAGGCGGUGGCUGGCAUCGUGGGCAGAGCUGAUGUGCUAGCAUGCCUCCUGUUCCUGCUGGCCUUUCUCUCCUACCAAAGGAGUCUGGCCCAGGGCUGUGCAGGGCAGUGCUUCCCCCCGACGGCUUCUCCCUUCUUCCUGCUGCUCAGUCUGUUUCUGGGGACCUGUGCCAUGCUGGUGAAGGAGACGGGCGUCACCGUGUUCGGGGUGUGCUUGGUUUAUGAUCUGUUCUCCCCGUCCCACAAGCAGGACAAGUUGAGCAAUGGGGAGAUCUGUCAGCACACCUCGGGGCAGCCAGGGAGCCCCCAGCCCUCCUCUCAGCAAGCCCACCCCCACCGUGAGAGCAGAAAGCAGCGCAUCCCACACAAAGACACCUGGGGAGGCCGCCAUUCACCAUUGCCACCAGAGCCCAAGAGCAGUGGAUUCCCUGUGUCCCCAAGAGCAUUGUGGUCUCUGAUGAGGUGUCUAAAAGGAAGCAGCAACAGAAAUUUCCUGCUUACCCUGAGACCGUUUUUAAAGAGGGCCAUUUUGGUCAUCAGUUAUGUGACUGUCAUUUUGUACUUCCGCCUGUGGAUAAUGGGAGGAACUAUGCCCCUCUUCUCAGAGCAGGACAACCCAGCUUCAUUCUCGCCAUACAUCCUUACAAGGUUCCUUACCUAUUCCUACCUCCUGGCCUUCAAUGUAUGGCUUCUGCUGGCACCCAUCACCCUGUGCUACGACUGGCAAGUGGGCAGUAUCCCUCUGGUGGAGACCAUAUGGGAUGUGAGGAACCUUGCUACCAUCCUUCUGGCAGUGGUGAUGGCCUUACUGAGCCUGCACUGUGUGGCAGCCUUCAAGAAGCUGGAGCACAAGGAAGUGUUGGCCGGCUUGCUGUUCCUCGUGUUCCCGUUCAUUCCAGCCAGCAACCUCUUCUUCAGGGUGGGCUUUGUGGUGGCCGAGAGAGUCCUGUACAUGCCUAGCAUGGGCUACUGCAUUCUCUUUGUGCAUGGACUGAGUAAGCUCUGUGCUGGGCUGAGCCGAUGCGGGGCCACCUCCCUGAUGGCAUCCACUGUGUUGCUGCUGCUGCUAUUUUCCUGGAAAACUGUGAAGCAGAAUGAAAUUUGGCUGUCAAGAGAGUCCUUAUUCAGGUCUGGAGUUCAGACUCUACCCCACAAUGCCAAGGUUCAUUACAACUACGCCAAUUUCCUAAAAGACCAAGGUCGGAACAAGGAAGCAAUCUACCACUACAGAACCGCCCUCAAGCUGUACCCACGCCAUGCAAGUGCACUGAACAACCUUGGGACACUGACGAAGGACAUGGCAGAAGCUAAGAUGUACUACCAGAAGGCAUUGCAACUCCACCCACAGCACAACAGAGCACUUUUCAAUCUGGGGAAUCUCCUCAAGUCCCAGGAGAAACCAGAAGAAGCCAUUGGGCUGUUGAAGGAAUCCAUUAAGUAUGGUCCAGAUUUUGCUGAUGCCUAUUCAAGCCUGGCUUCCCUGCUGGCUGAGCAGGAAAGAUUUAAGGAAGCUGAAGACGUUUACCAGGCUGGAAUAAAGAACUGUCCGGACAGUUCAGACUUACACAACAACUACGCAGUUUUCUUAGUUGACUCUGGCUUUCCAGAGAAGGCUGUGACUCACUACCAACAGGCCAUCCAGCUUAGCCCAAGACAUCAUGUGGCUGUGGUGAACCUGGGCCGACUCUACAGGUCCCUGGGAGAGAACAGCAUGGCUGAAGAGUGGUACAGACGUGCCCUGAAGGUGGCCCGCACUGCUGAGGUACUGUCACCUCUGGGAGCACUCUAUUACAACACUGGCCGACACAAGGAGGCAUUGGAAGUGUACCGGGAAGCGGUCUCACUCCAGCCUUCCCAGAGGGAUCUCCGCCUGGCUUUGGCACAGGUUUUAGCAGUGAUGGGUCAGACCAAAGAAGCUGAAAAGAUAACCAGCCACAUAGUAUCUGAAGAGCCCAGAUGCCUGGAAUGCUACCGCCUCCUGUCAGCGAUCUACAGCAAGCAGGAGCACUAUGAGAAGGCGCUCGAAGCCAUAGAGAAGGCUCUUCAACUGAAGCCCAAGGACCCAAAAGUCAUAUCUGAACUUUUCUUUACAAAAGGAAACCAGCUAAGAGAACAGAAUCUUCUGGACAAAGCUUUUGAGAGCUAUGAAGCUGCUGUAACCUUGGAUCCUGACCAGGCACAGGCAUGGAUGAACAUGGGUGGCAUCCGGCACAUCCAGGGAAGCUAUGUGUCUGCAAGGGCCUAUUAUGAGAGAGCCCUGAGGCUGGUUCCAGAUAGCAAGCUGCUGAAGGAAAACCUGGCCAAGCUGGAUCGCCUGGAGAGGAGGUUACAAGAAGUCAGAGAACGGAAUCAAACAUAGAUCAAAAGAGAACACAGUUGUGUGGGACUCAGCAGGCUGGAAGAGGACAGAGUUGGAGAGGCCCUGCUUACACAAAGCAGGCUUUGCCAGCCAGGCAGUCCUCUCCUGGUGGCACAGUGGGAGACAGCCACUGGCUACUGUGUGGAAAGAGUUGUUUCCAUGAAAAGACAAACAGCAAAGGAGAGCAGACUGCCUGCAGGGAAGGGAGAUAGCAAGUGCAUGCUUUGCUGGCUCCUGUGUGACUCCCAGUCCCCAGGGUAUUAAGCAGUGCUUUGGCAGCAGAUAGUGACCCCCAUUCUUACUAUAGCCCAGAAAUAUAGAAACUCAAAGUCCUGUAAAUGCCACAGCUGUCCCUAAGAAAGGAUGUGUUCUCUGAAGUCAGCCCUUGGAAAUCUACUUGGGCAAGGUCAGUUAAGUCUCAAGAAUCUAGAGUCAGUGUUAAAGAACAUUGGUAGAGUCCUGUGGAGUGCAGGGGAGCAGAACAUUUGCUAGCUGGGCUUGGGCUAAUAUCCCCCAAGGGCAUCACUAAGCACCUUUGGAGAAGUACAUUAAAUUCUACUCUGGUAUGGUUUUUUAGUGCCUAAAACACCAAGAUGGAAUAUUCUAGAAUUGUAUGUGACGGUUUAUCUCUACAGGAAAAUCAAAGCUCAGCGUCCUGAUUCUUUAUGGAGAUGUUUUAAAUGUUGGAGCUGUACUCCAGGUAUCACUAGCAUCGUGUCUCUACUCUGAACCUUCUGAGUGCAUUAGCCAUUAGGACCCUGGAAUGUGUUGCUCAGGUGUAGAGCUGCGGGCUGCACUCUGCACACAAGUGUUAAAGGGUCGGUCCAGAGAAGGGCUCUACUUUAUUCUCUUAAGGUCAAGACUUGUGAGAUUUAUUGUUUUUGAAAGAUAUAUUUGAGCACUGAAGAAUCUUUACAUUGUGUUACAGAAUUGCUCACAGACUCUUUUAAGUUGAGGGAAAAGAGCUCUGUCACUGACUUUUGAGAUUUGGUGAGGAUUCUGUAUUUAAAACAGAAGUGAGUUUGGAGACUUCAUAGGGAAUACUCUAAACUCUAGGAUGAAGUCAAAAUUCAUAAUUUUUUAAAAAUAUAUUUAUAUUUAAAAAUAAGGAAGGCAGAGUUAAAAUCACAAUUGACAUUAUUUUUAGUUAUUUAUUAUAUAACUUAUAAAAUAUUUAAUAUAUAUCCACAAUUCUUGUUUUAGUUUUCCUCCAUACAUAGUCAUUUUGAUAGCAGCUCUCGAAACCAAGCAUACGGAAAUUGCAAAAUAGGAAAGCUUUCAUAGUCUCCCCAAAUUAUAUUCGUUAUUUGCUAUUAAAACUAAUGGAGUUAGGGUCAGCUCAGUGUUUAGGGAUUGAAGGAGUUGGAAGGGCUCAUCACUGAAACAAAACCACCACAGGCCAUGCAGGUCCUGAUGCUGAGCCAGCCAUCACACAGACAUGACAGCUGGAAAGCAAAAACAUCUCACCUGUGUAGACAGGCCUGAGGGAGGGAAAACCCUUUGCUUCUUACAACCCAGUAUCAGGAUACAGUGCCUCUGUUAUUUUUGUAGUAGGUAAGUUGAAGUGGCUGAAUGUAUUUGGAAAGGUGUGGUGAAGGAGUUUGACCCAACACAUACCUGCUUUUGAGGGGGGGCAGUUUUUGUCACCUGGUUUCUGUCAACAUUAUAUAAAUUACAGUAUCAUAAAUUGAUCUGGAAUCUUAUUUUCUUCCAUCUAAGAUAUAAAUCUUCAGUCUCAAGGUCAAAAAAUAUGUCCUAUAGUGUUUAUUAUAAAAUAAUUCCUAGCCCCUAUGUUAGAUGGCAAGGACCCUGGGUAAAAGUCAUCUCUUAGUUUUAAUACUAUUUAACAAAAUGGAUGCAUUUAAAAGUAAUGGGACAAAUCUAACUAUAACAUUUGACAGGACUUUGCCUUACUGGAAGUGCUAGAAUAAUUAAAAAGGCAGACAACAACGUAAACCUUUUAGAGGAGAAAAGGCCGCAGGACGUCUACGAGACUGCUGUGUCUGGGCCUCUCUUCUUUCUCUUUGGCAUCUCCUGAAGCAGUAAAAAUAAGCACUGCUUACAAAGAAAAGCGAAGUCAGCUUGCUUUGUUGGCCCAGAUAUUUUGGAUCCUUUAUUGAAAUGAGGCAGUGAGAUGGUUUCCAUUGGUUGAAACAUUUCCUGUGAGAAAAUCAAUUGCAAACUGUUUGAGUGUAUUUUGUUGAGUGUAUUUUGUAACAUGCUGUUUGGUCCUUGUGACAUGGAGUAGUAAGUUGGAGUUGUCUUUAUUACAGUAGAAACAGAGCCUGGCAUGUCAUGAAAGUGCAUCUGGUUUGCCAUUAGCAGGCUUGUGCUUCAUGGUGACUGGAGAGUUGUUUUUGAAGCCUGAGAGCUGUGCUGAGACUCAGACCCAGGACCUUGUGCACACCGGGAAGCACUCUUCCUCAGAGCUCUGUCCUCAGCUAAAUUCAUUCUUUUCUUUUUUUUUUUUUUUUGGUUUGUGUUCAGCCUUGUGUCUCAGAAUUCUGAAACAUGCCUUAGGUAGGAAGGAGUCAAAAAACAAAUCAGGAUUUGCUUUGCCUGUUUUGAACCACCAGCAUAGCAUUCCUGAAGUUCUUCCUUCUGUUGCACACAGAGCUCUUACACACACCCUUGUAGCCCCUCCUGCCACCACCACCAUUCCUUGUCAGGCUUGCCCUUCCUACCUAAACCCAGUCCAUGUGAUGAAAUCCACCCGAGUGGCAGUUCGUUCGUGUGCCCGUUGACAUAGAAGUUAUAGGGAUGGCUUGGGGAUUAUUUGGUUAGGAUUUUUCAAAAUGAUCCAAAUGAUAUUAAUGUCAUUUACAAAACCCGGUUUCAUGGUGGAACAUAGGUGAAUGGACCAAAAAUGUGGAGAUCAUGGGGUAACAGUGCUCUCUGAGGCCUGGGGACCCUUGUUUGUUUGUGUGGUUCUGGGGUUGGAACUUCAUGCAUGCUAGGAGAGCCUUUUAUCACUGGCUGCCAGUGACAUCUCAGCCCCCCUCAGGAGUUGUUUCUUUUGAAGUUUGGUUGACAUUAGUAUGCAGGUUCUCUUUUGAAUUUCACAGAAUUUCACAGGCUUUUUGCAGCUUUCAGCCUAGACUAAAUAAAAAUUCCAAACCACACUGUAGAAGCCAACCUGGGGUGACUGAACUGAGGGAGAAAAGAAAGUAAAUGUCCCAUUGCUUGUGAUUGUUAGCAGACAGUUUAUAUCCUUCUGAUUACAGAGCAGCAUGAGCUGGAAGGGAGACACUCCCUAAGACCCAGCUCUCUGGUGCCAGCAAAGUCCUGCAGGGCUGAGCACUUUAACUAAGGGGGUUUGUGACUUUUACCAAGGGGAAGUCAGUAAAAUGACAAUUCUAUUUCUAGAUUGGACUAAAAUGAGCUAAAGAAUUCUAAAGAUUGAGACAUUGUCCCAUGGUUGGUGACAUUAUUCCUAGACAGACUGGCGGGUAGCUGAGUAGGGUGACUUUAUGCUUGUGGCAACUGGACUGUAAUUUGCCCUUCAGUUUAGAAAAUGCUUGGGUGUUAGAUGGAGAGGCACCACCUUGCUAUGUGCAUGUACCAGGCAAGGUACCAAAGAUAACCAAUGAAAAAAACAAAAACCCGGUUUCUUUGGACUCUUAGAAGGUGUCCAUGGCUCAGUGUUUGCCUCUGCCUGUCUCUCUGCCUGGCACAGACACUGGUGCACACCUUUAAACCCAACACUUGGGAGACAGAGGCAGGCAGAACUCUGACUUUAUAGGCCAGCCUCAGGAUAGCCAUGGCUACACAGAAAAAAACAACCAACAGCAACAACAAUAACAUAAACCCACACACUCAUUCAAACUCUUUUUUUAAAAAACAAAAAUCAUAAGCAAAAAUGCCCUUUUUUUUCUCUGUCUGUGGCGGGUCCACACAGGAGGAUAAGCCUUCAGGAGACUUCUGACAACUGUGCCUAGGAGUUGGGUUGUUCUUACUUUAUUUUCAUAUCACAGUUUCAAUUGUAGGUUGACAUUGCCCAAACACAGCAAAGCCCACAUAUCUAAAUGGCAUCCUUUUACUUGUAAAACUGUAGGUGCCUGUUCAACCUUCCUUCCAGACACCAGCUGUAUAAGCUAAGGUUAUCGGAUACCAAAAACAAUGUCGGGAAUAUAAUUCUUGCCAUUAUUUUGAGUUUUCAGUGCAAAGCAUGUUGUAUAGUUCUGAAAACACUUCUAAUAUUGUUUCUGUGCGCUCUUUGUUCAGAGAGAGCAGAUAAAUAACUGCAGUACAAACCAUGGCUUCCUAUCAAAGUGGGGCCACAGGAUAGAAAAAAUUAUGUGAGCCAACCACCAGUUGGCUCAUAUUAAAAUAUUCCAUUUUGAUCAUUUGGACUCUUCUGAUUAAAGCCACCAGGACAUGUAACUUUAAAAAGAGACAGACAGCACCUCGCGAUGCAUAGUCCUGGUCUGAUUGUAAAUGUAGGUCAUCAGCUAUUUCUGACUGGAAACAUCUGCCUGCAGAGAUCCAGGAUGUCUUCUUAUUGAAAGGGGCACACAUUCAAUCUUGGUAGCAAAUCUGGACGUUCCUAAUGUGCAUAUCCUUUGGGGGUUCUUUAGCUGUUGGCCCAUCACGGGAGCACACUAGUAGAGGGUUAGUGCUGCAGAGUUCUAAUCACAGCAUCACUCUGAGGAGCUGCAUCACUGUGGCAGGCUAGUCUGUCUCAGUGGAGUUGUCCCCCAUGAAGCACUGUCCUGUCCAAUGGUUCUGGGAAUAACAUGAGUCUCUUUAAAGCAUCGAAAAGCACUAUGAGUCUGUGGAGGUGAUGAUCUUGCCCCUCCCCCCUGCAUUCCCCCUCCCCCCACUGUUAUUCUCAGUAGUGAGCACCACAACCACAACAAAACACAUAAACAACCAUGGGAAGGAUUGGGUUGCCCAGGUAUGUAACAUGACAAGAGUAGCAACCCUUACUUUACAGUCUGUGUGCUUAAAGUUCUUGUAGUGACUCUGUCACUUUCCUGGGAGCCUAGGAAACUGAGGUGUCUGCAGAGGCCAGAACUUGUUUUGACCAUGUGGAAGUCACUGUGUUUGCUGUCAAGACCUUGUUCUUCGUUCCCACUGCUCAGUGUUCCUAUUUUGAUUGAUUGUAUAUCGAUGUACACCUGCAUUAUUUUUGCUAUGCUGCUCAAAAUAUUUCUCCAUUUAAGUCUGACUGUAUACUUUGCCUAAGUCUUUCAAAAAUAAAAUUUAUGUAAAUGUC